AUGAACACACAAAGCAUCGGUGCCAAGGGAAAGAGCAAAGCAGCAAAAGGAAUUGCCAAGAGACACAGAAAGCAGUCGAGCCUGAGCGAUAGCAUCUCCAAGCCCGCAAUAAGGAGGAUUGCCCGACGUGCCGGCGUGAGGAGAGUCGGAGGAGGCUGCUUCAAGGAAAUAAACAAUGCAGCGCGAGAAUACAUCAGAGACACCCUUUCAAUUGCAUGUAUUUAUGCCACACAUGCCAAGAGAAAGACAAUCACGUGCUCCGACAUCCUGCAUUCUCUGAAAAGAAUGGGCAUCAAGUAUAUCGGCUACUAA